AUGGAUAACUCUGUUCGACUCAGGGACUUUGCUUUGGUGGCUGCUGGGGCUGGGCUUGCACUUGCGGCGCUGCUGGUAGAGCACCGCUUGCGUCAGCGGAAGAAGGAGUGGACACCCACAUGCAGAGCAGCAUGGCUCCAGGAGCCGGCAAGUCCGCUGGGAAGACCUCGGAUUGCAGUCGUGGCCACAGGCAGCGUUGCAUCGGUGAAGAUUCCGGAGCUCGUGGAGAAGCUGAAUGAGAUUGCAGAUGUCACAGUGGUCCUCACAGCACCAGCCGAGGUGAUGACCAGUCAGCAGGUAGCCGGGCGAUACUCGCCUGAACGCUAUCGUGCAUGGGAGGCCCUGCAGCGCUGCGGGGUUCAUGUCUUGCGCGACAUCGACGAGUGGGAUGGCUACGAGGACGUCUCUUCGGAUUCUGUGGUUCACAUCGAGCUCCGGAGAUGGGCCGACGUAGCGCUGGUGGCGCCAUGCUCCGCAAACACCCUGGCAAAGCUGGCCUUGGGGCUCUGUGACAACUUGGCGACCUCCUUCUUACGAGCUUGGGAUCCUGAGAAGCCGCUGCUUCUUGCACCCGCGAUGAACACUUUGAUGUGGGAGCAUCCGAGCACUGCGCAGCACUUGAACACUCUCCAAGCUCGUGGCUCCAUCAUCAUCCCGCCCAUCAGUAAGAAGCUCGCAUGUGGCGAUGUGGGCAGAGGAGCCUUAGCUUCAGUCUCCGACAUCCUCCAGGCGUCAAAGGAGGCCUUCGAAGGGGCGGCCAGCCGCCGCGCGAGCUCCGGCAUAGGAUCCUGGCGAUUCCAUGGAUUUGAGGAGUGGCGGCCAGCCAAAGACGGAAAGCAGGUGCGAGGCUGUGCAGGAGCGCAGCGAGUGCAUCUCGUGACCAGCGAGGCCCAGGGCAGAGAGGCCUGCACUGCCUUGACCCAGGGCAUCCAGGUGGAUCAAGAGAGCGAGGACGGCGAGGAGGCUGAGUUGAAGGCGGUCUGGAAUCCUCGUAGUCCUACUGUGGCUUUGGAUUGCGAGGGAGUCCGAUUGGGACGCUUUGGCCGCAUCUGCCUUCUGCAGCUGCAGGGUUCCAAAGGUCAAGUCGUUCUCUGUGAUGCGUUGCGGACGGGUGUGGUGAAAGCCUUUGCACCACUUCUCGAGAGCAGGCAGAUCGUCAAGGUAAUCCACGACUGUCGGGAAGACAGUGCAGCUCUCUUCCACCAGCAUGGCAUUCAAUUGCGAGCUGUCUUUGACACACAGGCCUCGCAUGCUGUCCUUGAGAAAAGGGCGGGUCGUGAGGCUUACCAGGCCUCGGCAUCGGAGCUUCUGAAGCAAUACUUGCACAUCGAGCCGGAGCAGACGGAACUAAAGUCGGUUAUGCUCCAGGAUCCAGCCCUCUGGGCUCGGCGUCCCCUUUCCAAGGGUCUCGUAAGGUAUGCGCUCCAUUCUGUCAGCCAUCUGCACCAGCUCCACCAAAGCCUCGUGGCAGCUGGUAAAGAGAACUCCAGCACAGCCCUUGAGGAGUUUGCUCGAGCUUCGAAGCGCGCGGCUGAAUAUCGUAUCCUGAACUCCAACUUUCCCACGGCCCAAAGUAUGGCCAAAAUUGGGACUCGGCUUUGGGCCCUAGUCGCGUCGCGGACAGCCGACAAGCUGCUCCUGAAGCUGAAUGCCGGGCGCGUCGGCAUGGUCUCCACUCCUGGAGCUCUCAGGCGAUUUAAGGAAGUUCAACUGGGGGAUUUGGUUCUUUGCUGCGUGAGCGGCGUGAGUCUCGACGGCAGGUACAUCUACCUGGACCGCUACGAUCACGAUUGGGAUUUCUUCGAUCAUCAGCUGCGGCCAGCCCAAGAGCCUGAGGUGGGUGCGUACGGUCGCGAACACCGCUUCCGUACAUCCCUCUUUUCGGACGAAGUGGACCCUCUUCUGCAGCGAGGCUUGCCGGGGCUCCAGAUGGAGGCUACAGAUGCUUGGGAUGCCAGCCCUGAGGAUCUCGAUGCACCCGUCUCAGAAGGCUUCGAGGACAGUGCGGAUAUGAGCCUGCGUGCGCCUGAGUUUGGCUUGCAGGGUCUUGUCUCUCAGACCGGUUCCUAUGCGUGCUCUUUCUGGGGGUGGCUGGAUGGGUCUGCCCUCGCCUUCGCAUCAUAUGACGCCAAGUUCUCCUCCCAAGGAGGAGCGCUUUUUGCCCCAUCUGAGGAAGCUCCGUCGGAGGCCAAAGUGGGAGCGGGAAUUCUGUUCUUCGGAGAAUUUGGGGCCGCAGAGGUCUACGAAGUGCCCGGGGAUGGAGGAAGGGAAGCUGUGUUCACAACACAUCUUGGGCGGCUGCUGCAGUUCCGGCCUUACCAAUGCCUGGACGAAGCCCAAAAGGUCCAGGACAAGAGCGCUGCUUCGUCUUUGGCGGGCUGCUCUGUGUUGCCAUCUUCGGUGACGGCCGGUCACAGAGUCCUGCAGUGCUACGAAGACAUGAAGCUGCUGCUGCCGGGAGGCAGUGAGAACGUCUUGCGCGCGUGGUUCGGAGACCCCGAGUUCCCGUGGAAGGAUGAGAUUGGCAAGGGAGCUUCCUGCACCGACGCUGUGAAACAGGUCCUCCGGGCGAACCGUCCGCUUAUCACCUCCUGUGCUUGCCUGGGAUGUGAUCCCGUUCCUGGUGUGUGGAAGCAAUUCAGAGUGGAGCUCAUGACUUUGGAUGGCUACACUGCCGAGGAGCCCUUUUACCCCAAGUUGUAUGAGACUGUGGAGGAGGUCCCCUCCUACCCUCAAUGGAUGGCCUUCGUGCGACAUGCACAAGCUGGCCACAACGUCGACCGUGCCCUGAUCGAGAAGCCCGACAACCCCCUGACCGAAGUCGGUGUUGCGCAAGCUCUCAAGGCGAAGGAGGGGCCUGCCGGUGCUGCAGUUCGCGCAGCGGAGCUCGUGGUGACCAGCCCGCUGAAGCGGGCCAUGCAAACAGCGGGCCUUCUUUUGGGUGGGUCAGGCCAUGCUGAGGUGGAUUCUGGGAUAAGCGAACGAUGGAGCGCCCCCUGCGACGAGGGGACAGCCAAGUCUGAGCUGGUUCUUGCAAGGCAUCCUGGACUAGAGGAAAUCUCGGAGUGGAAGGGCCAUGGCCUCGGGGAAGCUGUCACAUCCAGCCUGUGCUCAUGA